UUUUUUUUUAAUAUUAUUCAUGGAUUUUUUUUCCCUUCAUUUUACUUUAAAAGGUAAAUGUCGUUAAUCAAUAACAUUCUUCCAAAAUUUCAAUUCAUACGUGUAUUAUCAAAUGAUACACGAACAAAAAUAGUAUAUUUACUAGGAGAAGUUGAUGGUCAAGAUUGUAUCCUAUCUUUUGAAAAAACACAAUAUGAAGACGCCAUUCUACCAACAUUAGCCAAUUCUGUUGAUACUUUAACCAAUGUUGUUGAAAAUAACAUUUACGCUUGGUGCACGGCCAUGAUGUCUAGCACUGCAGAUACCCGACUUAAAGUAAUUUUCCCUGCCACUGAUGUACACAUCGCGAAAUAUGAAGCACAAAAGCGUAUUAUGCUUUUAGAGACACCCCAACAUUAUCAAACGAUUACUUUACCAUACAUUAAAUCAAUUCCACAAAAACGUGUUCAAUGGGUUUAUAACAUCUUGAAUGGAACUGCUGAAACAGAUCGUAUUAUCUAUCAUGAUCAUGAUCCAGAGACAGGGUUUGUCAUUUUACCAGAUAUGAAAUGGGACGGUAGCAUUGAAACACUUUAUUGGGUAGCCAUUUCAAUGCGCACAGAUAUCUUAUCUUUGCGUUCCUUAACGGGUGAUCAUGUUUCAUUUUUGAAAAAUCUUCGACAAAGGUGCUAUGAACUCGCAAAAGAAAAAGUCAACUUGUUACCUUCAGAGCUUCGUUUAUUUAUUCAUUAUCAACCUUCUUAUUAUCAUUUUCAUGUACAUAUUACAGCUGUUGCCUUUUCAGACGCUCCAGGUGUUGUAUCUGGUCAAGCGCAUCUAUUAGAUACUGUAAUUAAUAAUUUAGAGCUGUAUCCCGAUUAUUACCAACGUGUAGAUAUUCCCUUUGUCAUAGGUGAACGUCAUACUUUAUAUACUGAUUAUAAAUGGAAUUAAUAAAUACAACGUAAUAAUGAUAAAGACCUUGUAUGUAUGUGUAAUGUAUGAAUAUAAGAGAAGAAGAAAAAAAAAUCAAGUUAUAUUUAAAUUCACAGUAAUUAAAAAUGAUAUAUACCAUUUUAUUACAUAAUCAAGUAAAC